AUGUCGUCCUCGUUGAGAAUGGCCUCUGGCCUGCUCGGCCAGGCCACACGAACCCUCCUUGCCGCUGAAUCCCGCCAAUCCACCCGCAUCCUCCCUCUCCGCAACACCCGAUCACAAUGCCGCGCCUACGCCCAAGCGCAGCGCCCUCGCAUCCAAAGCGCCCAGGGCAUGCUGUCGCGCAAGAGCUUCUCCGUGACCGCCUCUUGCGCCCGUGCCAAGACGAUGGGCCAACUGAAGCAGCGCAAUUCCACCGGCCCCUUCUCGUGGAAGGCGGCGACGCUUUUCGUGCUGACCGGUGCCGGUAUGAUGAUUUAUUUCCGCGUUGAGAAGGCACGGCUUGAGCGGAAGCGCAUUGCAGAGAUGAGCAAGGGUGUUGGGAAGCCUAAGGUUGGCGGUCCGUUUACACUGAAGGAUCUGGAUGGGAAGGAAUUCACCGCGGAAGAUCUGAAGGGAAAAUACAGCUUUGUCUACUUCGGCUUCACCCACUGUCCCGAUAUCUGCCCUGACGAGCUGGACAAGAUGGCCGAGAUCAUCGACAAGGUCAAGGAGGCUACACAGGACGACAAGGUUUUCCUGCCUGUCUUCAUUACCUGUGAUCCUGCCCGUGAUACACCCGAGGUCCUGCGCGCCUACCUGAAGGAGUUCCACCCCGGCAUCGUCGGCUUGACAGGUACCUACGAGCAGGUGAAGAAUGUCUGCCGCCAGUACCGUGUGUACUUUAGCACACCCCGGGAUGUCAAGCCUGGCGAGGACUACCUGGUGGACCACAGUAUCUACUUCUACCUGAUGGAUCCCGAUAACGACUUCGUCGAGUGCAUCGGUCGUCAGGAUACCCCCGAGUCCGCGUCCAAGGUCAUCCUGGAACACAUCAAUGACUGGAAGCGUGAGGGCAAGCCCCUCAAGGUGGAGUAA